AUGGGAUGGACAAAUUUGGUCCCAAUCUUCCACGACAACAUUACCCACAUCCUCCAACCAGAGAUCCCAGAUACCACUAUUCCUUUCAUCGAUGAUGUCCUAAUUUGGGGCCCACCGACCCAAUACAAACUUCCAAACAGCGGCUUCGAAAAGCACCCCGAAAACCCACACUUUCAAGGCCUCAAUCAAGUGGUUCACCCAGACCAGAUAGCGGCCCAGGAUGACCUCCGGUCAGCGCUUCUCAAAUCGCCAGCCCUUUGGCCAAUCGACUAUGGGUCGGCAGCCAAUGUCAUCCUCGCCAUCGAUACCUCACAAAUCACGAUCAACAACAUGUUCCCCACCUCCGACUCAACCUCGACAACUGCCAUCUUUACCUCCUCACUCAUAGGCGAUCUCCCGACCAAGGCCAACUCCAAUGACGAAGGCCCGACCAUCGACUAUUUGGAUAUCCCAAAAUUGCAGAAAGCUUUGGAAGCUGAGGAAUGCCUAUGGUUGAUUGUUGCAGCCCCCUCUAGUCGGAUCACAAUCCCCACUGCCGCCCACAACGACGUUGCUCACAAGGGAUUCUAUGCCACGACCGCCUUGGUUGCCAAAUGCUUCUGGUGGCCGCACAUGAGGCAAGAUAUUUCCUGGUUUGUUCGGACCUAUCACCUUUGCCAGAUUCACCAGACUCACAAUAUCCUCAUUCCCCCGACCGUCACCACGCCUGCACCACUCUUUGCAAAGAUGUAUAUGGACACCAUGCACAUGCCAACCGCUGGUGGUUUCAAGUAUUUCAUUCAAGGGACAUUGGUAGAGAUCGUCUCUAACAAUGGACCAGCGUUUGUCAAGGCGCUCAACCAGUUAGCAAAAAAGUACCACAUUCAGCACAUCCGUAUUUCGGGCUACAAUUCUCGCACCAACAGCAUUGCCAAACGACCUCACUUUGACAUUCGGCAGGCUCUGUUCAAAGCCAUUGAUGGAGAUCAGGCCAAGUGGAAUCGUGCAGCUUAUUUCAUAUUUUGGGCUGAUUGCAUUACUAUUCAGCGCCGAAUGGGUUGCUUGCCAUACUUCACAGCAACCAGAACCCAUCCCCUUCUCCCCCUUGACAUUGCCAAAGCCACCUACCUCCUGCCACCGCCGACCACAAUUCUCAGCACCACUGACCUCAUCGCCUAA